AAAGUAUCAAUGGAAACUGAUUAAAACAACCGAGGAGCGCUGUGACAAAACCAAAAGAGGACGGCCACCAGUUUGUUCUUGCGAAACAAUUUGGGCCUGGUUGGAGAUAGAUCCUGUUGAAGACCAAUGCAUUAUGGAUGUGAGGCUAAUAUGAAGACAACAUUUGGCAAGCCAGACCCUGGGAAGCACCUACAAUUUUUUCACUUCAUUUGAAAUUGAAGACAACACCAUGUAUUGUCUCCGGUAAAACUUGCUCCCCACUCCCCCCUCCUUCCUACCCAACCUUUGAGAGUGAGGACGCCACGAGCUGUACAGACAUGGGUUCAGAUCAAGCCUACAUAGAUUCACUAGAGCAAAGGCCCAUAUUGGGCGCUGCCUGUAAGGGGCAAGCCCAACGCUGUCUGCGGAAAAAGCUUAGGCCAGUGCGAAUUUUAGGGUUCGUCUUCAGCCUGAUGGCCGUAAGUGCCGUCUCCCUUUGUGCCUUGACCUGGAGCUCAGGGGAUCUCAGUGAACCAGUGUUCCCCCAGGAGGGUCUCCACCAGUCGGCCCCCCACCGGACUCUGCUUUUCACCCCGCCUCAGAAGGACCCCAAUGUGUCAGCUGACAUGCCGAUAGCCAUGAAAUCUACAGCGGAUAGCAACGAGAGCAAGGGGGAGUACCCACAAGACAUUUUCUCCCUUCAGGAGAGGCGCCAAGGAGCAGUGGUCCUCCACAUGUUCGGCAUGAUCUACAUGUUCAUUGCCUUAGCCAUAGUGUGUGACGAGUUCUUCGUCCCAGCGCUGACAGUCAUCACAGAGAAGCUGACCAUUUCGGAUGACGUCGCGGGGGCCACUUUUAUGGCGGCGGGUGGUUCUGCACCAGAGCUCUUCACCUCCAUCAUUGGCGUCUUCAUCUCACACAGCAACGUGGGAAUCGGGACGAUCGUAGGCUCAGCCGUCUUCAACAUCCUCUUUGUGAUUGGAAUGUGUGCCAUCUUCUCCAAGGAGAUCCUCAACCUAACGUGGUGGCCACUCUUUCGUGAUGUCUCCUUCUACAUCCUGGAUCUGAUCCUGCUCAUCAUCUUCUUCCUGGAUAACUUCAUCUCUGUGUGGGAAAGUGUUGUACUGCUCUCAGGCUACGCCGCCUACGUGAUCUUCAUGAAGUUUAACAGCACAGUUGAGAGCUUCGUCAAAGAUUGCAUGAACAAGAACCAAGUGGUAGAAGUCGAAGUACAGCCCAAGGAUGAGAAGGCAAGUCCUGGGGCGCAAGAGGAUGACGGCAAGUUGUCGGCCAGGCCUCGGCUUCAGAGAGGAGGUAGUUCAGCCUCCUUGCACAACAGCUUGAUGAGGAACAGCAUUUUCCAGCUGAUGAUUCACACAUUGGACCCUUUAAGUGAAGAAUUUGCUGACUCUGAGCUUGGGACUUAUGGAAAACUAAAAUAUUAUCACUCAAUGACUGAGGAAGGUAAAUUUCGGGAGAAGGCAUCCAUCCUUCACAAGAUCGCUAAAAAGAAAUGCCAAGUGGAAGACAGUGAGAAGGCCAAUGGAGUAGCAAGCCGUUCAGAUAAGAACCUACCAAACAGCUCGAGCGUGGAAGUGGAAGUGACACCACCAAUGAACGGCACGGCAGGGCAAGAGGGGGAAACGGCUGAGGAGGAGGAAGAGGAGGACCAGCCGCUGAGCUUGUCCUGGCCUGAGUCCACCCGCAAGCGCCUCACCUACCUCUUAAUCAUACCCAUUGUUCUCCCCCUGUGGCUAACGCUGCCCGACGUCAGGAAAGCGUCAUCAAAGAAGUUCUUCCCUGUCACCUUCUUGGGUGCCAUCUGUUGGAUUGCAUGUUUCUCCUACCUAAUGGUGUGGUGGGCUCACCAGGUUGGAGAGACCAUUGGGAUUACAGAGGAGAUUAUGGGCCUGACUAUAUUAGCAGCUGGAACCUCCAUUCCUGACCUCAUCACCAGUGUUAUUGUGGCACGCAAGGGGCUGGGUGACAUGGCUGUAUCCAGCUCUGUAGGCUCCAACAUCUUCGACAUUACUGUUGGACUGCCGUUCCCCUGGCUCAUGUGGUCCUUUUUCAGCGGCCUGAAACCGGUGCAAGUCAGCUCCAACGGCCUCUUCUGUGCCAUUGUGCUCCUCUUCCUCAUGCUCCUCUUUGUCAUCAUCUCCAUCGCCGCCUGCAAGUGGCGCAUGAGCAAGCUCCUCGGCUUCAUCAUGUUCAUGCUGUAUUUUGUCUUCCUGUUGGUCAGCGUCAUGCUGGAGGACAGGGUGAUUACCUGUCCAGUGUCUGUCUGAAAGCCUUCGAGGACCUGCUUCCUCUCCCUCGUCACUACCACAACCACCACCGACACAACCAUCUUUCUUGUCUGGCAUCGCUCUCUCCUGACCCUUGUGAUCCUUUACCCCAGGAAAAAAAGAAGAAUAUGGUGCAGUGGACAAGAGAAUAACAUAAAAACUAUGGAAUCUACCUAUAUUUUCAUUAAGCAGGUGUUGACAGGGAGGGGUUAAACCAACAAGGGCACAAGACAUUGGCCUGGCUGGUUAAGCAUAGGCCUAACCUGAGUGGAUUUUUAUUUACUAUUAUAAUUAAAUUGGCAGGUGAGGGAAGGUUAUAGGUAUACCAGCCAAAUAGAAUCAUUAUGCAUGCCAUUAGUGUCACUAGAUGAGCUGGAUUCAAGACCACAUCUUGUAAGUUGAGGAGAAGGACCUUGUGUGAACUUUGCGGGGGGGGGGGGGGGGGGGGGGCAAAUAAGAGAUUCACUGUAUAAAACUCAGUAAUAAAUGCAGUGGCUGAGCUGAAAAUGUGAGCAUAUUUCAACACACACACACACACACUCAACAGACUAAGACGCUGUCGCCAAGAGUGAAUUCGUGGAUGAGGAAAUGAUAGGCUGUGUGGCUGAAGAUUUCGUUCCAAACAUGUUUCUUGUCUGAUGGUAUUGAGCGAAAAGACUCUCCUGUGAGCUUUGCACCUGAGCAGUGAGGGAAGAAAAACUCUUGCAGGGCAGGCGAACUUCUUCGUUGUUAUUUCUUUUCUCUUUUUUGGCAAAUUCAUCAUGUGCUCAGUCUGAAUUACGAGUUUAAGAAUUCCUUAUUUCCUGCCGGAUGUCAUUUUUCACAACUGAAUGUCUCCUCAGAGGAUACUUCUUUUUUUAUCUUUUGGAUUCAUUUUCAUGAAAUAUAUAUAUAAGUAGCAUUAGACAUACUGUAGCAGUAUUAGUUAAUGCAGAGUUAUCUUGACAGUCUGCUGCUCUUCUUUUUAUUUUGCCACUGAACACCGCGUUCUGAUUGUACAGAACUUUUCAUGCUUUACGAGCACCAACUGACAAAGGCAAGAAAAAAACUGAAGUAUAGCCUAUCAAAAUAUAUGCUAGCCUUCAAUAUCUUUCACUGGUUUGAAAAAAAAAAAAAGGCAUGAGCACUUCGGGCUCAAUAUAGUUCCAUAAUGAAGUCAAUGUCAAAAUAAUACAUUUGAAAAGAACUUAACAGUGUUUGAGCGUCAUGAUUGAUUUAGAUUAGUCAAUGUGUAGUGCUUUGUUCACGGUAGAACUGGGCUCAACUCACCGGCUAGUCAGACUCCGGGGUUAAUAGUUUCAAGGAGUCAGCUGCAUGUAAAAAAAAUAAAAAUAGAUACUUGGAAGUAAAUAAUACCAAUCAACAUUUAAAGAAGUUGUAUACCAACAUGUAUACUUUUUCAUACAUGUUUCAUAACUAAUGCAAAACACUGCUCAGUCUCUUUGUAGAAAAUGUCAACAUGUAUGGUCAAUGAUAUCUAUCAAACUUGUGCAAUUUCUUUUCUAAUCAAAGGUGCUUUUGUGUGCAUGUGUGCAAUCUGCAUUUGAAGUCAUCACACAAUGACCAUUCCUUAUAUUUAUCUAUUACUAGAGGUUAUACUACCAGUAUUUUGCAACUAACUGCAAAGAAAUAUACACCAAUCUGUGUUUUAUACUGGAAAUAGAAAUCAUAAUCAUAAUCUCUCUUUAAGCUACAUAGAAUGUGGAAUUCACAAAUUUAACAGCAAUAUACCGUGUGUGUGUCGUCGUCGAGAAUCGCAUCCCCCACAUGUCUGUCCCCCACUGUCCUUCCUGUCCAACAAGCUCCAAAAUCCCCACCCCCCCACAAGAAAAAGUGGAUGACCGUUUCUCCACAAACCCUUCCUCUUAGAGCUGGUCAGAAACACCCGCUUUACCUCAACCCCGCCUCUGUACAGCAGCUUCAUAGGAAUCAACUGUAAAAUAAUAGUAAAUAGAUUCUCUGAAUGUGUGAGGAAAAAUGCAUGCAAGGAAUUUGGGCUGGUUACCCACCGACUGUACAGCUGAGCUUAGACCAACUAUAUAUGUUCACUUUUAUGCAUCCAUUCAGAAACAAACACCAAGAACUCAUUGGUUUUACUUUGUAAAUAUAAACACCUUUUUUUUUUCUUUUUU